AUGUCGUCCUCCCCAACAAUACAGGAUGAACAGCUCAUUGAGCUUCUCCUUACGCUCAAGAAAACCACGCCCGAGCAGGCUCGCACCAUCCUCUCGUCAACGCCCCAAAUUGCAUACGCGCUCGUGGCUCUCAUGGUGAAGAUGAAUGCUGUAGAUGUGCAAGUCCUCCAUAAUACGGUGGCAGCCUUCUCUGCGAACGCUCAAGGCAGCGCUACUCCCGCUCCCGCAGCUGCACCCACCGCACGCCCAGUAUCCGUCCCACCAGUUAUGCAACAGCCCCCAUCCGCCAUACCUUCUCAUCUCUCCCAGCAAUCCCGCACUUCUACUCCCCCGUCCCACCCGCCCACACCAUCCAACGCGUCCCAGCCUCCGCCCCAGCAGGGGUACGGUCCUCCCGGGCGAGUACCGGGUCCACAGCAACCUCCACAACAGCAGUAUACCCGGGAUCCGCGACAGCAUCCUAAUAACCCGUAUCAACAGCAGCAUCAGCAACCUCAGGCAUAUAACGGGUACGGUGGUACGCCUCAGGCGCCUACCGUGCAAGCGCAACAAGCUGGAGGGGCAUUGCCGGAGAACUUAGCGGCAUUGCCGGAUGAGCAGAAGGCUAUGAUAGCGCGUAUAAUAGCCAUGACGCCGGAGCAGAUCAAUAUGCUUCCGCAGGCUGAGCGUGCCAGUAUAGUCCAACUGCGCGCUACACUUGGCCUUCCUUCAUGAAGUUUAUGGUAUUUACAUCUCUCAAGGCGACCUUUCCUUUCACCAAGGGCCUUUACUUUGCAUAUUGCGACCAGCUACGCUCUGAUGACAUUUGCUCAAGACGGUUGCCGGCUUGUUGGAUUCGAGUCUUGUCUAAGCUCAGUGGUGUAAAUAUGACCGCACAUCCAGCACCGUAGACAGUAUUGUAUAGUAGAGGUCUACCACAACACUAAUAUUAGCGAAUGAAGUUGCCCC